GACGUCAGCUGACCGCCUCGGCUCUCUCCGCUCCUCUGGACACGGCGCCGCGUAAAAAUGCUGCUCUCUGUGCCGCCAAGGGCAGGAAUCAACCCAUACCACGGCUACUCCGGCAAAAUCAUCAAGAAGCAGCCGUAUGUGUCCCCCUCCAACCAUCAGAUGGCUCUUUCAAGCCCCAACAACAACAACAACAUUAUCAGCAGCACCACCAGCCUCAGCAACGGCGGUGGCAGCGGCAGCAGCAGCGGCAGCAUCGGGGGAGAGCAACUGAGCAAGACCAACCUGUACAUCCGUGGCCUCCACCCGGGAACCACAGACCAGGAUCUGGUCAAACUCUGUCAGCCGUACGGGAAAAUCGUAUCCACUAAGGCCAUCCUGGACAAGACCACCAACAAGUGCAAAGGCUAUGGAUUUGUGGAUUUUGACAAUCCAGCCUCGGCUCAGAAGGCCGUGACUGCGCUGAAGGCCGGUGGAGUGCAGGCUCAGAUGGCCAAGCAACAGGAGCAGGACCCUACCAACCUGUACAUUUCCAACCUGCCUCUGUCCAUGGACGAGCAGGAGCUGGAGAGCAUGCUGAAGCCCUUCAGCCAGGCCAUUUCCACACGCAUCCUUCGUGACGCCAACGGGACCAGCCGGGGAGUGGGCUUCGCUAGGAUGGAGUCAACAGAGAAAUGCGAGGCCAUCAUUCAACAUUUUAAUGGAAAAUACAUCAAGACUCCACCUGGAGUCCCAGUGCCGUCAGAACCCUUGCUGUGCAAAUUUGCUGACGGAGGUCAGAAGAAGCGUCAGAGUCAAGGGAAAUAUCUGCAGAACGGCCGGCUCUGGACAAGAGAUGGGGAGACUGGAGGAAUGACCCUCACCUAUGACCCCACCACCGCCUUACAGAACGGGUUCUACUCCUCUCCCUACAGCAUGGCCCCAAACAGGAUGAUGGGACCAGCUUCCCUCUCCCCUUACAUGCAUUCACCCAUGUCCACCUACCAGGUACACAACCCGUCCUGGAUACACCACCAGUCGUACAUCAUGCCGCCCAACGGAACCGUCCUGACUCCAGGGAUGGACCACACCAUGUCCAUCCAGCCCACCUCCAUGAUGGGGCCCCUGGCACAGCAGCUCAGCCACCUCUCCAUGGGCAGCAGCGGCACAUAUAUGCCUGCAAACACAUCUAUGCAGGGGACCUACAUCCCCCAGUACACCCAAGUGCCUGCCACCAGCAUCUCAGUUGAGGAAAGUGCUGUCCAACAACCUGUUGCCAUAGAGACACCCACGGAACACACAACCUACACCUACCAGCAUAACAAGUGAAGGGGUGGCGGAGAUCUUCCUCUGGAGCCGGAGCGACUCUCAAAAGGGCCCAAGUGCUGAAGCUCGGCACAGGGACUCUGCAUGAAAGGCACCAGGCGCUCGGGGGGAAUAUGGACUGUUACACAGAAAGGGCAACAAAAUAAAAAGGACAUUUUCUACAAACUCAUAUUUUAAAACAAACUCUUUUACUCGAAACAAGGAAGGCUGGAGGAUGGCAGGCGAGCUGAGACCGAGGAGCAGAAGAGGGAGCGUCUAUUUUGAUAACAGUCAAGGAAAAAUACAACAGACACACAUUUCACAGGUUUUUAGAGGUUUUAUUUCAGCAUCAUUCUCAUGCUUUUUUUGUUACUAGAGUGAAUCCAGGAAAAGAACAUUUCAACACCAUUUUUAUUUUAUUUUGAGUCAUGUUUCGUUGACCUUUUUUUCAAAUGUGCUGAUUUUACUUCUCUUUUGUCUUUAGUCUGAUACUUUCAGGCUUUAAAAACCUGCCUUUUUGUACAUAAUUGUUUGAUUUGUUGUGUUUCUAGCUUCACGUGUCCUGGUUUGAUCGAUUGGUGCAAAUAUCUGAAAACAGACGGCAGAAAGCUGAGGAAUCAUAUUUCAGUUGGAUAUGGUGCUGACUCGGAAUAAGCUUCUCUUCAAGUGGCAGCAAAUUUUUAUAUUUUUGUUUCUUUCCGAGUGUUUUUUUGCUUCCUUUACGGCACUUGACUCAAAUAAUUUAAAGUUCCAACAAUCUCGACAAAGCUUCAGACAAUCAGAAGAUGACAAAGACCAGUAAAUUUAGAGAUGACGCUCAUUGUUGACAGAUUUCACAGAGUAGACUCCUUUUGAAAGAGAGAUAAAUAGGUUUAAAUCAUUCCAGAGAUAAAGAAAAGUCUAAAUGUUGUUUUACUUUUGAGCUCCUCCAAUCGAUUUAAUCCAAAGUUGCUUCACUGGGAUCACAUCUCACUCAGAGCUGCCCUGUAAAUAAGAGAUUUAAAUUUAUGGAGGUUUUCUUUCGAUUUUCAUUCCUCUGUGUAGUAAACGCUUCCGUUAUUUUAAUAACAACAAUUUACCAAAUUCAACAAAGGAAUGUGCUAUUUCUUUUAUCAAAGGGAAAGCCGAUGUCCACCAAACCCCAAAAAAGGGUUUUUCUGAAACAAGUAGAUGUUGUUAUUAGAGUCUGAAGUUUUUAUUGCACAGAUGUGGGAACGAACAAGUGCAGCUCUGCCCUGUCGGAUCUUUACAGAACACUAAACAGGUGGAUUAUCAUGGACAGUCAGGAUGCCGGAAGAGGCCAUUGCUGUGUUUUUGCAUCUGCUUCUUCUUUUCUGUUUCUGUCACCCUCAUGUUUUUAUUUUGACAUUUUUCUUAUUUAAAGCUUUUCUUAAUUUUUUUUUUUUUUUUAAAUACUUUUAAGAUUUUCAAAGAAGCUUUGAUUUUAUUUUUGAUAGUGUGCUGUGUGCUUCAACUAGUGAGAAAUGUUUUGUGAUUUGUUUGUAUGUUUGCUCACUUCUCUCGUUCUGGUUUCAGUGCUGAUGUUAAUUUUUGUUUUGUUUUUGCGAGGGGGGGUUGGGGACAUUUCAGUUUGUGUGUCACAGUUGUUGGCGCUUUUAUGACCACGACUCCUCUCAAUGGUUCAAUUAUAUUAUAUGCUAUAGGUUCAGAUGCAUUGUUACAGAGCUUUGCCCCGAGCCGUUGGGGCAAACGACAGAACACGAAAUAUAUGCUCAAAAAAAGAAAGAAACCUGGACUUACCUCAUCCUGCCAGAAAGAUGUACAGUAGAUUCAGUUUUAUGCGCAAGGUUCACGGGCAAUAGACAACUACAGCAGGUCUCAUGGCUGUUCACAGCUGGUACUGUGUCCACAUCCUUUAACUCUUCCGUCCAACGUUUGGAAUAAAACACACGCCCAAGGUCUGACGAUCUAUGCAAUUAAUUUAUUAUCCUUAUAAAUGCAAUACUACAGAUACCACACUACGGAUCACCUCAUGCUAAUACUUCAGUUCAGCUUACGUGGACUUUUUCUUUCAUGUCCAUACUAUCAUUUUCACAGUGACACAUUCAUCUUUGGUUCAGUAAGUUUAGUAAGAUGCUGCAUUAAAAGGGAACUGUUUCAAACCAAAAUGAGGUUAAUACAACUGCAGGAGAUGGAGGAAUAAUACAAAAAAAACUUAAAAGAAAACCAUUUCAUCCAAUUCACAAUUAGUUGUUUUUUUUGUGCGAUGGAAGCUGUUUUGCUUCUUUUAAACCAUGAAACUGUUUAUUUACAGGAGAAACUUUAACUUCACAGAAAUGCCUUAGAUUUCACCGGAAGGGAUCGUGAAGUGCGACUCACAUUCGACGGGCUUUACCUCCGACUGGAAUAUGUUGGGGGGGGGUUAUCCUCAUGCACUGCUGUUAGAAAAAACUUUUGUUAAAGCAGAACUACUCUGAACACAGAUCUAUGAAGCAAAGAGAUAUUUACAACUUCCUUCAUUCUGUGUUACUUUCUCAUUCCGUUAUUGUUCAUCCAAGAAAUGGAAUAAAGUGAGCGGUGGUGUACCGAGUCUAACUAUUGCUGCUAUGUGUGUUUAGAGAACUUUGAGCUGAAGGUCAUUCAAUAUAUCAAGUCACACAUGGGACCAGUUUGUAACUCAUGUUCAGCGACGUCCAUGCAUCCAGACUUCUCUGUGCAUCAAUCUCCUCAGUAGAUAUCGGGGCUGUGACACAGGUCCUGUCUCCUCCAGAUAGGAAACCCUACAGCUAUUAAAACAUUUUAUUUGGUUUGAUUUUGAACUUGUCUUUUUCUUUUUUUAAUAAAACUUUUUCACUGUG